UCCUGGCUAUUAUCUAACAGUGACGGAUAUUUCCCAUUCAGUUUGGAAUUGUUACUCUUGCCUUAACAUUCAUUUUUAUACCUGUACAGCUAGUGGCACUUCUGUUUUUCGUUUCUUUGGGCGAGUUGCUGCGGUUGGUGUCGAUAGGACAGAGAUGAGUAGUCCCGAUGCGGGUUACGCCAGUGACGAUCAGACCCAGGCUAGGUGCGCGAUGUCAGUCAUGAUGCCUGGAAUGGGACACUGUCAGUGGGGAGACCCCCUGAGCCCUCUCGGCGACACCAAAGUGAAGAGCGAGUCGUGCGCGACCAGCUCCGGGAACCAGAACCGUGGAAAGACUGAGCCGCGGAUCCGGCGACCCAUGAAUGCGUUCAUGGUGUGGGCAAAGGAUGAGCGCAAGCGACUGGCACAACAAAAUCCGGACCUGCACAAUGCGGAGUUGAGCAAAAUGUUGGGGAAGUCGUGGAAAGCCCUUCCUGUGUCCGAGAAGCGGCCCUUUGUAGAGGAGGCUGAAAGGCUCCGGGUCCAGCACAUGCAGGACCACCCCAACUACAAGUACCGACCCCGGCGGAGGAAGCAGGUGAAGAGGAUUAAGCGUCUGGACUCAGGGUUCCUGGUUCAUGGUGUGUCCGACCACCAGAGCACCUCCCUGGUUGGGGACAGCUGGGAGUAUAAGGAGGGCCUGGGGCUGGGUUACCACCAUGAGCAUAGCUACCAGGUGUCGCCUCAGUCCCUUGUCCACUACCGCGACGCCCAGGCCCUCGGGGGGGCUUCCUACGAACCCUACAGCCUGCCCACCCCCGACACCUCCCCACUGGACGCGGUGGAAUCAGACUCCAUGUUCUUCCCUGGCCACUCUCAGGAGGAGAGCCACGUGAUGCCCGCAUACGCCUACCACUCCCAGGGGGCAGAGUACCCGCCACAGGACCCUCACUCCAACCAGCACACCAACCACAUGCUCCAAAGACACCACUCCUCCCCCACUGAGCAGCAGCAAGUCUCCCAGGCUGGCCCCAUGCCCCCCUCCUUCAACCAACUGGCCAUGUACUACAGCCAGCACUGUAGCCCCAGUCACCCCAAGCGACACCCAGGCCAUGGGGCAGGACAGCGCUCCCCUCCCCCUGACUCCCACCCAGCAGACCAGGUGGAGCAGAUGCACCCCUCAGAGCUGAUAGGGGAGGUGGACCGGAGUGAGUUUGAGCAGUAUCUGAACUCCUCCAGACCUGGGGACAUGACAGGCCUGUCUUAUGGGGCACAUGAGGCCAACAUGCAGGGACCUGAGAGCCUGAUAUCCUCUGUGCUCUCUGAUGCCAGCACAGUGUUCUACUAUAACUACAACUCCUAACCUCCUGGUCCUCCCUGUCUCUAUCGCGUCUCUACUACUGCAGCUAUUACAGCACAUAACCUGACCUCAAAUGUCUCUUUCUGUCUCCUCUCACUAUUUCUGUCCUCUCUCUCUCUCUCUCUCUCUCUCUCUCUCUCUCUCUC